GAGGUGGCAGGUUGACAGCAGGAGGGGCACUGAUCUCUGACAAGCUACAACUUUAAACAUGAGUCUUCGAGUGUUGGUGCUGGUGGCGUGUGUGGCGGUGGCGUUGACUGACAUCAUACCACCACCACCACCACCACCACCACCGUCGUCUGACUGUACAGCUUUCUGUCCCAAUCCAGACCCGUACCCUGGCGCUCCUGACUAUAUCUGCUGUGAUCCUCAUCCUGGUAGAUGCCCACGUAUACGCCCAGUUUGUCCGUUCUCCUUUACUGAUAUCCCGGCGUGCAGGAAAGAUUACGACUGUCCGUUCCACGAGAAAUGUUGUGAAGACGCUUGUCUGGAUGUCAAGGUGUGCAAACUAGCCCUACACUGAGCCAAGAAAGACAAACGCUUAUUACACAUGAAGGAAUUUGUAGUUACAGAAUAACUAGAAGAGGAAAGAAAGGAAGAAUAACUUGACACAGCCAUUGACUGAUCGAAGAAAGAAAUGAUGGAACAUUAUUCACUUCCUUUAUAAUUGUUGACCUUUUACACGUUAACCUGUCUUU